AAAUCAACGAGCAGAAUGGAAACCUAUUCGGCAUCCAUAUCCCUUGGCGAAGAGUCUGCACAAAUGUGGCGCCUCAAUAAACGCCUUGAGGCUUUCCUCUCUCGGGUCAAAGCACUAGAAGAAGAGAAUGAGCUCCUCAGAACAGAGAUCCUUCACCUCAAAAGCACCAAGUCCAAUAGGUCUAUCAUAAGGGAGUACCAUGAUGAAAUAAUGAAGCUAAGGGACACCUUAGAUGAUGGACACCAGGAGAUGGUCCAGGUGGAAACCGAUAGAGACUGCAUCUAUCAGGAGAUAGAAUAUGUGAAAGAACUGUGCCUCCAGGAGAAGCAAACCCAAGAAGAUGUGAAGAAAGAAUUGUCCGAGAGCAAAAAAUUGCUGGAAGAAGAGAAAAGAGCCCAGAUAUGGUUGAAGGAAAGACUUAUACAUCUGGAGGAAGAGAUGGAGGACAUCCUCAAGGUUCAUGAAGAGGAGAAGGCUCAGAUGGAAGAAGAGAUUUCCAGUUACUCCCAAAGACUGGAGAACCUCAAAAUUGCUCCCGCAAACUUUAAACCAGUCAAUGUGGAAGACUAUGCAAAUCAGCUGUCACAGAUAUGGCAGGGAGCUGUGGAGGAGUACAAGAUUGAAGUGUCAGCUCUGGAGGCAAAUUUGUCCCAGGCCAAAGAUAACUUGCAGAAGGUGUUGGACGAGAACAAACAGAGUCAAAUUCAACUGCAAAAUCUAGAAAGAGACCUGCAGAGUCUUAAGAGCAGGAAGGAGAUGCUGGAGGAACUUCUGGGCAAGCAGUGGCUGGAACAACAAGAUGAAGAAGGUGAACUACAGCUUGAAAUCGAAACCUUGGAAAAGGAGAAGAAAGACCUAAGAGUCCAGAUCGCCCAAGUGCUAGAAGACAGGCAGCAGCUGAUGCACCUCAAAAUGUCUCUCAGCUUAGAGGUGGCAACUUACAGAUCCCUUCUAGAGACUGAAAGUACAAGGUUAUAUACUCCGAGUGCAGAUUACAAAGUCGCUUCAUCCUUCAGUGAUUCAUUGCUGGAACAGAAGUCCUUUAGGAAAAGCCGGAAUGAAAAUACUAAACCACUGGUUUCCAGGGACAACAGGUUAAACAAAAGGCAGAGUGCAGAGACCAGUACAGACCGCUACAUAAAUGUGAAAAGUACUUCAUUUUCAAAUAAGGCAAGUCCUGUAACCAAAGAGUUUCAGAAAGUAAGCUCUGUGCUUCAAUCUCAAGGUCUUAAGUAUACCAAAGCAUCUUCUGCCACACUGCCUCCAGCUGAAAGCAGCUUAGGAAGACAUAUUCAAAAUAGAGAUGUUUUCAAGAAAAGUAAAGUGGAGACCAUCUCCCAUUUUCAAGAUUUUUCUAAACCUGUCACUAAGGAGACUGUGAGAAAGGACGCAGAUAUUGAACCAGUUUUAAAUGGAAAAGCUUACAACACAACUGACACUAAAUUAAAUAAGAGAGACCUUAUGAGUGAUGCAAAGGAUGAAUCUCUAACACCAACUGCAAACGAAACUGUAAGUGCUCAGGUGGAGUCUUCUUUGAGACCCGAAGCAAAGCAUAUUGAAAUCAUCUCUGAUUUUGGGUUAGAGGAGAAACAUUUUGUGGAAGCUCCAAAGACAGACAAAGAAACACUCGUCUUUGAGAAACAUAACAAAGAAAAGAUUGACUUUGAGGUUCCCAUAGAUAAUGGUGACCAUCCCAGUGAAGACUUUGGAAAUAUCGAUGAAGAACACAUAAUUGGAAAACAAGAAGUUGUUAGGCAAAUUGUGAGUUGCCAGAGAGUGUAUAUAGAAAAAGAGGAGUUAGUGGAACCAUUGGAAUAUGAAAAUAUAGAGACAUCAGUUAAAGUGAAUAAUGAGGAAUUUAGAAAAGUUCUGGAUUUUUCAAAACCAAAUACGCAAGACUUGGAUGAACCACAUGUUCUUUCUUCAGAUGGAGUAUCUGACCAGGGAAUUGAAUAUACCCUCAGCCAAGAGCUUGAUUUUGACACUCAAGGCUCAUUAAAUAAUGCAGAUGUUGAAAAUGCAAGUCAAGACAAAGAGGACAUACAUCAGGAGGUUGAUGAAGAAAAGGAAAACUCCCAACUUAAUAAGGGUCUCGAAACUUCUAAUUAUGUUGAAGCAAAAGUUGAUCUUCAAGUUGAAGACAUGUCUGUGGAUCAGAAGUUACCUGUGCUAAGUUCUUUAAUGGAAGAUGUUAACCAGUUAAUUGAUGAUGGACAAAACUUCACAAAGGAUAUUCAGGAUAUAAAGACAACUGAAAAAGAAGACUAUAAUGAGAAUCAUGAAAAAGAUACAGAAGUUCUUCAAGAUACAAAUAUCCAAGUGUACAAUGACAAUGAGCUUGACCAACAAGCUUCCAGACAAGAAGACAAUGUUUUUAAAGCUGACCAAUGUAUUGACAGCAAAGAGGAACAUACACAGUUUGAACAGGAAAGGCAAGAGGUCCAUGAUAGAUCCGAGUCAAUGGACCACCUUUCAGAUGAAGAAGUCUUUAAGACUGGAAGCAAAAAAGAGGAAGAGGAGAGUUGUGAAUGUGAGGAAAAUAUAAUCAAUGCAGAACAAAAUGUCCAGGACUUUAUUGAUACUGAGCAGUCCAGUAUACUUGUUGUCAAAGAAGUUUAUCAGUACAGCAGCCAGGUUCGCAAUGACCUCCAAGACCUACAGAACCCAAGCCUAGAAGAAAAGAACAAUUUUCAAUUAAAUGAUCGCGAACAAAAUACUCAGAGUUAUGAAGACCAGCAAAAAGACUUUGCAAAAGCUCCAGAGGAAACUGCUCAAGUGUUUAGUGACAGUAACCAAGAAGAAUCAAAGGACCAGGAGAAUAAAAAUGUUUUUGAUCAAAGGGAUAAUGUUCAAGUGGAAGUUAGUCAGUUAUCUGAAGAUGUGUCUGGCAGUCAAAAACCUGACCUAGAGGAGCUCAUGAGUGGGGAUUUCAGUGGCACAGAACAAGAGAGUCAAGGAACUGGUGGAUACUUUGUUGAACACAAUCAAGUUGUCCAAACCUCAGACAGUAAAGAGGGCGACAGCUUGCAAGAAAUUAAUUCAGACUCAAAACAGGAAGAAUUGCAUGAUAUUAUGCAGGAGGAGAUGGUAAUUUCUGUUGAAAAACACGAAGACCUUCAAAAAUUGGAAACAGAAAAGGAGCAAAGUGAUAUAAAUCUACACAGUGUACAGUCAACACCUGAACAUAACAUACAGUCAUCAGAAGGUGAAGAGUUGGAAAGAGAUGGACAGUUGUUGGAAAAAGAUCUAACUGAAGAAGAAACAACAGUUACAAAUACUAAUUCAGUUGAAACGAUCACUUCUGAGUUAAAGGAUGUUGAAGAAGAUAAGGACAACAUAAGUGAAGAGAAUUUAGAGGUUUGUACCACAGUUGAAUACACAAAAUUAAUUAAGACUGAAGUUAUUGCUAAAUCCAUUGAUGAUGAAUUUGAAUCAUACGAGGACAAUGCUACUGAAAAAGAGGGGCUUACACCAGCAUUUGAAGAAGAUAUUUCUAAACCAGAACAUGAGGCAGAAAAAGAGCAGGAACAAGGUAAAGAACAUUAUCAAGUUGUUUCCAUAGAAGAAGAAAACAGAGAAAACAAGGACAAAGAGGAGGAUAAGCAGCUAUUCCAAGAGUCCGAUGUUCAGCUGAAUAUUGCUAAAGAAGAAGGAUCCUUGUUACAACAAGAUACUGAACCAAUUGUUGAAAGACGAUCCGAGGUUUCCACAGACAUGGAACAAGAUAAUGCUAAGCUACAUGAUCACCAAGAUUCAGAAGUUGAUAAAGACCAACCUUCUGAUAGGGAGACCAGUUUUCAACAAGAAAGUGAAGAUUUAAUUCAGUCAGAUGAAGGUCAUAAAGAAAGUUCCAAGGUUACUUUGACAGCAGAAGAAUAUAGUGUAUCAAAUGAGGUUGACACUCAAUCGAUAGAAAAAGAUUAUGACAUUAUGGAAGAAGCUCAAGCUAAUUCCACAAUGGAAACUGAUAGAAAUGUGAAACUAAAAAAAGUAGUAGAAAGUGAGCCAGAAGAAAAAAGUAGAUUUCAACAGGAAGUAGAAAAAAAAGAAGAGGAAGAACAAGCAAGUAAUAAUCAAGAAGUAGAAGAAAGACAAGAGAGUUAUAACCAAGAUGUAGAGACAGGACAAGAACUAGAAGAAGGAACAGAGAUUUAUCACCAAGAAUUAGCAGAUGGAAAAGGGGAUUAUCACCAAGAAGUAGAAAUAACACAAAAAGUAGAAGAAAGACAAGACGAUCAUCACCAGGAUUCAGAAGAAGGAAAAGAAUGCUAUCACCAAGAAGUAGAAGGACAAGAGGGUUAUCACCAAGAAGUACAAGAUGAUGUGGAGCAGAACGUGGGAGUUUCAUUGAAGAUCUUCCCAAACUUUCUUCGAUUCACAAGUGCACAGACUCAAUCUGAACAAGAGCAGAGUACCAAGUUUUCUGAUGAAGGCACAGAGACACAUGUAGAUGAGAUUCAUGUUCAUAGGGAAGAACAGACUGAAAAUGACUUAAUUUUGGAAGACAAAAUAAAGGAGCAAGAAGUUUGUGAAAAUGAAAUAAUCCAUCAACAGUCAACAUUUCCUUUGGAACAUGAGCGUAAUGAUAUCCUCUCAGAAAAUAGUGAAUCACAAGUGGCCGAAAAUCUGACUGAAAAGAAUGAUUUUGAUGUACCCACUGACAAGAACCUAACAGAGUUUAAUGAAAUGGAACAAGGUGACAAUAUGGAUAAAGACAAUUCUAAAUCUGAGGACUCUAUGGAUUCUCAAGAGGGUUAUCACCAAGAAACAGAAGAAACACAAGAAGGGUUUCACCAAGAAGUAAAAGUAGGAGAAGAGGGUUAUCACCAAGAAGAUGAUGACCAACUGGGUAUUGUGGAAAAUAUUGCAUCUGAGGAGGACCACAGCAGGAACCAAUCACUCCAAAAGGAUUCUGACGUGGAACAGAAUGUGGGAGUUUCAUUGAAGAUCUUCCCAAACAUUCUUCGGUUCACAAGUGAACAUGAUGCAGAGACUCAACCUGAACAAGGGCAAAGUAGCACCUUUUCUGAUGAAGGCACAGAAACAUAUGAGGAUGAGAUUCAUGUUCAUGGAGAAGAUCAGACUAAAGAUGACUUAAUUUUGGAAGACAAAAUAAAGGAGCAAGAAGUUUGUGAAAAUGAAAUAAUCCAUCAACAGUCGACAUUUCCUUUGGAACAUGAGCGUAAUAAUAUCCUCUCAGAAAAUAGUGAAUCACAAGUGGUCUUAUCCGAGAAUCUGACUGAAAAGAAUGAUUUUGAUGUACCCACUGACAAGAACCUAACAGAGUUUAAUGAAAUGGAAGAAGGCGACAAUAUAGAUAAAGACAAUUCUAAAUCUGAGGACCCUAUGGAUUCUCAAGAGGGUUAUCACCAAGAAACAAAAGAAACACAAGAAGGGUUUCACCAGGAAGUAAAAGUAGGAGAAGAGGGUUAUCACCAAGAAGAUGAUGACCAACUGGGUAUUGUGGAAAAUAUUGCAUCUGAGGAGGACCAUAGCAUGAACCAAUCAAUCCAAAAGGAUUCUGAUGUGGAACAGAAUGUGGGAGUUUCAUUGAAGAUCUUCCCAAACAUUCUUCGAUUCACAAGUGAACAUGAUGCAGAGACUCAACCUGAACAAGGGCAAAGUAGCACGUUUUCUGAUGAAGGAACAGAAACAUAUGGGGAUGAGAUUCAUGUUCAUGGAGAAGAUCAGACUAAAGAUGAAUUAAUUUUGGCAGAAAAGAAGCAAGUUCUUGAAAAUGAAAUAAUCCAUCAGCAGUCAACAUUUCCAUUAGAAAAUGAGCAAGAAAACAUCCUCUUAGAAAAUAGUGAAUCACAAGUGGUCUUAUCUGAGAAUCUGACAGAAAAACAUGAUUUUGAUGCACCCAUUGACAAGAACCUAACAGAGUUUAACAAAACGGACAAAGCCGACAAUAUGGAUAAAGACAAUUCUAAAUCUGAGGACCCUAUGGAUUCUCAAGAGGGUUAUUACCAAAAAACAGAAGAAACACAAGAGGGGCAUCACCAAGAAGUAGAAGUAGGAGAAGAGGGUAAUCACCAAGAAGAAGACCAACUGGGUGUUGAGGCCAUUUCCACAUUAAAUGAAAAUAUAUCAUCUGAGGUGGAUCAUAGAAGAAACCAAUCAAUCCAAAACGAUUCUGAUGUGGAACAGAACGUGCGAGUUUCAUUGAAGAUCUUCCCAAACAUUCUUCAAUUCACAAGUGAAAAUUAUGCAGAGGCUCAAACUGAACAACAAGAACAAAAAAGGGAGCUUUCUUACAAAGGAACAGAAACAAGUGAAGAUGAGAUUCAUCAAGAAAAAUUUGAAAAUAUUGAACAGAAUGACAUAGUUUUGGAAGCAAGUGAGCAAGAAAUUUCAGAAAAUGAAAUAAUCCAACCACAGUCAACAUUUCCAUUAGAACUUGAGUGUGAAAACCUCCUCUUAGAAAAUAGUAAAACUCAUGUGGUUUUAGCGGAGAAUACAAUUGAAAAAUAUGAUUCUGAUACAUCAAUUGAAGAGCACCUAACAGAGUUUGAUGAAACAGAAGCAACUGAUAAUGUCGAUAAUAAUUCUAAAUCAGAGGACUCUAUGGAUUCUCAAGAUAUUUCAAAUUAUUCAAAAAGUGAAGAAUUUGAAAUUAGUAAGGAUUAUCAGUUAGAACAAACUCUUCCAGAUACAACUCCAUUGCCCACCUUUGAUGAUGAAUUUGAGGAAUUGACAGAAGAUAAAAUAAUAUCAGCAUCAAAACAAGCAGCAGAGGUUACCAAAUUAGAAGGUUCUGCAAAUGGCAGUGAAGCUGAGGAGGUGUUAAACAGCAGUUUGGAGUCACAAUCAUCACAGGUCCUCCCAGAAGUAAUUGAACAGUCAAACUUAAUCACAGAUGAUCAUGAAGACUAUAAUGAGCAACAGGAUGAAAAUACUAAAUAUCUACUUGAGAGUGAGCAUCCACAGCAUUUUUUAGAACCUAGGCUGAACACAGAAGAUUCUUCUGGAACAUCUGAGGAACCAGCUCCCAAACUAAUUAACAGUGAGAUAGAUGCUGAAAACUCUAAGCCUGAAGAAUCCACAGCAUCUCAGGAAGAAAUUGCAAUUUUUUUACCAAAAGAUGAUGAAUUAGGUGCAAGCAAAGAUUCCCAGUUGGAGAAAACCCAAUUUGAGACAUCACCACAGGAGAACCAAGUACAGUUAUCUUCAGAACUGCUGGUCAGUGAAAGUGUAAAUGAAAACCAUAAUGAUAAACUCAAAGAAAGCUGGCCAACUCUAGGUGAAGAUACAAAUGAAGAGAAUGUAUUAACCCAAACCAUUGACGCUGCUCCUUCAUCGGACGAUACAAAAUUAGUUCCUUCUCUAAGUCAUAAAAAUGCAACUGAAAAUAAGAUUAUAAUAAAAGAACAUUCUGACUUAGUAACACAAGAUUUCGGAGUGGAUCAAAGAGAAAGUGUUAAAACGGAAGACCACGAAAGAGGCAUUUGUGAAGAAGACCAAAAAUGUGUUGAAGAUCUUACAGAUAAUGGUGAAAAAGAGCCUUCAUCUAAGUCAUUGGAUGAAUUCAGUGGAGACAAUGUCAUCAGUUCAAAUGUGUCUGAAAUCCCUAAUGAAGAAUCUGAAGUAAACGAUGGAAUAACAGUGGAUACUAAUCAAGAUGACAUCAAGGUUGAUGUAAGACCAUUGGAGGAAACCUCAGAAAAUGAUGACUCAGUAACGUCAGAAGAGAGCUCCCCAAAUGUGUCAACUAUCAACUAUGCUUCUGAGCAGGAAGACAGUAAAACACAAUGUUCGAUUAAAAAAGACAUUGAGGGUGACUCUGAUUUUGGGAGUCCAAAAGAGCUGGAACAAAAUGUUCCAUUAUUGACACCAGAACCAAUUGUGGAAACUAGUCUUGUGGAAAAGAUAGAGCCUGAAACAUCAUCAGAUGAAGAGAAAAACCUAUUAGUUGAAAGAAGUGAUUCUUCAUUUGUUUCCAUGAAAGAACAUGAAGAUACUACUCAAUUUCUGACAGAAUAUAGUGAGGAUGGAAAAACAGUGAAUGGAAUAUUUAGGCGUACCAUCAUUCAGGCAACUCUUGAUUUAGAUGACCAUAUGUUCAAUGGACAUUCUACCAAAGAGAACAGUGAAAUCAUAAUUUCUGAAGCAAAGAUGAUGAGGUUAGACGGUGAUAUAGUAAAUUCACAAUCCCAGGUUAAAAUAGAAGAUUCUGUAAUUGAAUUAACAAAGUCGGAAGGAAAGAGUGAGGGUCUUUUCCAGUCUUUACUUGAAACAUCUGAGCAUAAGGAAAGUCAUUUCGAUGAAGCCUUCGAAGCUAAAAAUAUUAUGCAAGCUGCAGUCAAGUACGUUGACUCUGCCUCUGAACAAAGUAAUUAUACCAAGAAACUAAUAAAUCCAUAUCUUACUGAGAGAGAUUUACAUGAGUCAUCUGAAAUAGCGUCUUCAGUGAUAGAUGAAGAUCUUGUGAACACAAAACAGGAAGUUAUUGAGACAAGCCAAGGUUUAAAAAUUAAUCAAAAAGACCAAGAUGCAUGGUCAUCAGAUGAGUAAUUCGACUAAUUGUUCCUAAUUAUAAGGCAACAAAAACUUUAUUUAUAUCACAGUGGGCACUUUUAUUGACAAAUGAAGGAGAAAGGUCCAAUUCUUUCAAAUGUGUCCUAAAUUCCAUGAGAGAAGAACUGGAACAUUUUAGGGGUCCACUUUACUGUUGUAACUGGAUCAAAAUUAAAGAGUCACCACAAGAUAAAAUUUUUUGCAAACUUUCAGUAGAUACCACCAAUUGAUGCCAAAAUCCAGUCUGUAUGACUCUUCUGACAUUGAGUUUAAUUUUUUUUCCAUCUAUUUUUAUUACUUUCUGCACGAUAAGUUGUCUACGUUAUGUAUGGGCAUAUGAUCAUUAUCUUUCAGUGCUUUAGCAUAUUAUAGUUUAUUUUAAUGCGCAACAUAUCAUGGUUCCCUAUUUUGCUUUGUAAGGUCAAAUGUUAUGUCAGGUAGGUUAAUACAGUUAUGUUCUACAGAACAUUGCAUGCGUUUUUCAUGUCGUAUUAAUGCAUAUAUAAAGUGAAGGAAGCCAUUUUGAAAUCAUAAAAAUGCAAUAAAUCAAAAGAUUAGUGGGUACCACAUAACCACUAAAAGCAAAAAAUUUGGUGAAAUUUGUGAUCACUAAGGACCCCUAGCAAUCAAAGGGGCUGCCUCCACUGUAUCUCUUUCUGUAACAUGCACUCUUUAUUUAUGAUGUAGAUGUAUGCGUUAGUGUCUACAGAACGUAGUAACUUAAAGAGGUUCACCAUUUUGGACAGAAGGAUUCUACAAAAAAUAAGCGUCUGUUCAAUUCCCCUUACAGCACCACCAAGGGGGAAAUGAAGUAUGACACAGUUACCUAUAUAAGCAACUGGCCUUACCACAUCUCAGUCCAAAAUGGGUGACAAAUGAAUUGUGUUUCUCAAAGGAGUUCCUCCAGGAGCUGACCUGAGCAAGCACGCUAUGUUCCUGGAGGAAUGGGAAUGCUACCUCUCCAGUCUAGUAGGUCCUAAUGACUGGGGUUCCCAUAGGCCACUGUGGGAAAAUAAGAACCAUGUCAUGAGAGAAGACCGGAGUGUAAUGACACAUCAUGCUAUAUGUAGUAUAAUGUAACCAUGCUCAAUGGCUAUAUCUUACUAUGUACUUAAUGCUUCAAUUUUACAAUAUACUGUAUAAAUCAUGUAGUAUGUGGUGCAUGUAAAGUCAAAGGGUACUAGUUAAGGGACGUAGGACCCAGAAGCUACAAGGUACACCUUUGAUGGGGCACAAACAUGUAUGUAGAAUCUACUACAUGGACAAUUUCUAGCUUCUGAACUCAGCUUUAAUCUGAUGAACUGUGAUGCAUAGAAGGGACUGCCAUGGGGUUAAACCACACCCCAGCCAAUAGUUAUUAUAACCAUGACUGUUAUCGAGCACCAAAGAGCUCAUGUGCUCUGGUCGAACACAUCGGUAUGCUCGUGUGCUCUACCGAACACCCGAGCACAAUGAAGUCAAUGGGAGAACCCCAGGCACCCCCUGCUCGGAAGAGAAGAGGAUGUCUGGUUCACAAAAAAAGGUUAAAAAUUGAUGGAAACCCCAUCAAAAUGGUUUGGAAACAGAAUUAAGAGGAUAGCUGAACAGAGCCAUCUAUUGGUUUCAUAUUUCAUAGUCUUAUGACAAGAGUAAUCGUAGAUCGUGAAGUUUCCAUUUUGCAUGUCUUUCCCAUAUACCCAUGUUUAUGCAAAUGCGUUUUUACAUGACAAAACUGUAUAGAAAGGUUAUUGAAUAUUAUAUUAGGACAAUCAGAAAACUUUUUGCCUCCCUAAUGAUAUU